UGGGUGGUUUGUCCCUCUGCGGCUACUGGCGCUGUGGAAUGUAUCACUGGUUAAAGGAACAAAGUAGCGGAGCUGAGAUACAGUGAUCGGCCGGAGCUCAGACCACUGGCAGCGAGAGCAACUCCAGCCCUCUGCUUCAUUCCCAGGCCCCUUCCCCCCCCCCCCAGUCAGUCAGGACUGACCUCCCACAUUCUUUAAUCAUCGGGAAAAGCGAUCUGGACGUGGGUGGAUGAGCAGAACAACUGGAUUUGCAAGGCUGGGGAGGAGAAAGAUGGUCCCCAGUAUCUCCCAUUGUAUCGUGGACCUAAUGCGAUUUUAAUCAACGUUGACCCAUCAUGGAAGGGAUCCAAUUUGUUGUAUCUACUGCGCGAACUUCCUACAAUCAGGGGAAAAGCCGGCCUCUGGAGUUCCGCAUCCAGCAGCUGAAGGCGCUGGAGAGAAUGCUCGAUGAGAAAAAGGAGGAAUUUUUAGUGGCGCUGAGAAAGGAUUUACACAAGAGUACAUUUGAUGUGGAGAUCUUUGAAAUUGCCGGCAUUCUGAAUGAGAUUUCCCUGGCCAUCACCAAACUCCCUGAGUGGACUGCACCAGAGUAUGUGUCAAAGAGUACAAUGACGUUAAUGGACACUGUUUAUAUCCAUCGAGAGCCUCUCGGAGUGGUGCUGAUCAUAGGGGCCUGGAACUAUCCCUUGGCCCUUAUAGUCCAGCCUCUAAUUGGGGCAAUUGCAGCAGGAAAUGCCGCAGUCUUGAAGCCAUCGGAAGUGAGUGAGAAUACGGCCCAUUUACUGGGGGAACUCCUCCCUCAGUACUUGGACAAGGAUCUUUACCCUGUCAUUAACGGAGGGGUCGCUGAGACAACAGAGCUGUUGAAGCAGCAGUUUGAUCACAUCCUGUACACGGGCAGUACCAACGUUGGCCGGAUCGUCAUGGAGGCUGCGGCCAAACACCUGACCCCUGUGACCCUGGAGCUUGGCGGGAAAAGUCCGUGUUACAUUGAUGCUGACUGUGACUUGGAUGUGGCCUGCAGACGUAUCGCUUGGGGAAGGUACACAAACAGUGGUCAGACCUGCAUCGCUCCAGACUACAUCCUGUGUAGUAACAAUAUCCAGGAUGAAGUGGUGAAGAAGAUUGGCUCAGCCAUCUCUGAAUUCUACGGAGCUGAUCCCCAGAAAUCCCCGGAUUAUGCACGUAUCAUCAACAAACGACAUUUUAAGAGACUGAUGUCAUUGCUAGAGGGAGUGAAUGUGAUGUUUGGUGGUCAAAAUGAUGAAGAGGAUCUCUACAUAGCUCCCACGAUUGUGACUGAUGUGGAUCCCAGCUCCAGGAUUAUGCAGGAGGAGAUCUUCGGCCCAUUGUUGCCCAUCGUCACGGUCAAUAGUGCCGACGAGGCCAUUCACUUCAUCAAUAAGAGGGACAAACCUUUGGCUCUUUACAUCUUCUCUCACAACAAAACGUUAAUCAAGAGGAUGAUCGCAGAAACUUCCAGUGGAGGUGUAACCGCCAACGACUGCUUGAUCCAUUACAGCGUUGACACACUCCCGUUUGGGGGUGUGGGGAAAAGUGGCACUGGGGCAUACCACGGUAAAUUCAGCUUUGAAACCUUCAGCCACCGCCGCGCUUGUGUGUUGAAGUCGCUGGGUAUGGAGAGAAUGAACAGUGUCCGCUACGCACCAGCCACUGAUUCCAAACGGAAAUGGACCCUUUGGCUGCUGAAGAAACAAAGUUGUAAAAUAAUGUAACUGACAGUGAAUCACAGGCUGCCAAAUGAGGAUUUACUGCUUUGAAAGACAUUGGAGCUAACACUGUUAUGCACUUUGACCUCCUGGACACACCCGUGAGGCUGAUUUAUUUUUUUCCAUGAGCCUUUGAUUCACAGAGAAUUGGGAUAGAUUUAAGUUCUCAGAUCAUUCUGACCAAAGUAAUCUUGCAAUUCGAGAAUACUCCACUCAAUAGCAGUGAUGUGCCAUCAUCUUUCAUGGGACAAUGAUGACCCUUGCACCAGCACAAGCACAAUGGUCUGCAUCAAAAUUUAUCUGAUUCUUUAUCUGUAAAUAUCCUGGGACUAAUAAUUACUCUGUUUUGAACUGUGGUUUUUAUUUUUACAAAGAUUUAAACACUGAUUCACUUGUGAUAAAUUUAAGCUGCAUUUCAUUUGGUCUGUGUGUCUCUGUGUCAUCUAGAAUGUUUUUGU